AUUUUUUUUAAGGACUAAAAUUGAUAAAUUACCCGAAAAAGUUCUUCUUCUUCCCACGAAUUUCCCAAAAACCUUUUCUUCUCUGCAAAAUCUCACCAUUGAAGGAACCCCAAAUGGAUCAAGUGGUGGAAGAAGUAGAAAAUGUGAAGAAAGAGUUGGAAGAAACAUACAAACAGACUCAAGAACACAUCAAAUCUAUUCAUGAAUAUGGAAAAUCAGGAACAACAAGAUUAAUUUCAGAAGAGAAAAGUUCACUUCCAAGAUUGAAUGGUCUUGCUCAAGAUGGGAUGAAUCUGCUUCAAUCACUUCAAUUUAAGCUUGAUCUCUUAGCCCCACAACUCCCUUUAGAUGAUCAAGUUGAAAAAACUCAGUCUUUGGCACAAUCAUGGAAAACUCAGAUCCAAAGUUUGAGGUUGAGUUUAAGAAAUGCUAAUUUACAAGCAAAGGCAAACAUGAGGAAAGCUGCUCAAGAAGAGAGGGAGCUUCUCUUGGGAGGUGGGGAAGAAUCUACAGUUCGCAGACGAAAUCUACAGACAAAAGCUGGAAUGACAUCUGCAGCUGAAAGCAUCACGGAGAGCCUGCGCCGCACACGCCAACUUAUGGUUCAGGAGGUUGAAAGAAGUGCAAGCACUCUAAUGACAGUUGAUGAAUCAACAGGCGUUUUAACGAAAGCCGAGAGUGAAUACAAGGGCCACCGCUCCUUGCUUUCGCGAACUCGAAACCUUCUGUCCACAAUGCAACGGCAGGACAUUCUGGACAGGGUGAUACUGGUGGUUGGAUUUAUUAUUUUCUCCUUGGCUGUGCUUUACGUGGUUUCAAAGCGUAUGGGGCUGCUCAAGUUGCAGCGUAAGCUCAUUGAAGCUGUGAAGUCCGGUACAGCUGGACAAGCGGAGAUAAUAGCUGAAGCUGGUAGACAAGGUGCAAAUGUUGCUCAGGUUCAGAUGAAUCCUGAGUUAAAUGUACCCUUAGAACAAGCAAUGCAUGAUGAACUUUAAAUUCUCUAUAACUUUGUACAUUUUCUUUGUUACAUGAAAUUUCAUCUAUGAAGCUUCAUAUCUUGGUUACAGCCUUACAAGAAAUCGUAUAUUCGUUUGUCUCCUUUA